AUGUCAAACGGAUUGAAAACGAUGCAAAAACAGUCGGGCUCGUAUUCAAAAGCCCAACCCUUCUCACCACAGUUCCCAAGCAGGGAAUUAUCAAGCAAAUCGUGCGGAAACAGACAUAGCAAACAAAAUAGGAAAGAAGACCCCCCACCAUUAACUGAUACAAAGUCGAACGGCUUUUUCGUUUCUCGAUUAAAACAACCAAAUAUUGCUCCAACACUUCCAGUACUCUCUCCACAUUCACCACUGAAUGCUAAUAUACAUCUAAAUAGCCAGCAUACCCAACUUUCCGGUCGAUAUCUAAAUAACAAAGUGUCCCAACAACUCGACGCUGAAAGUAUAAAAAGAGUGGCAUCUAACAGAUCUCUAAAGGACUGUCAAAACGUCUUAUCCAUUUCAUCAACUCUAAUAUGCAACUGCGAGAAAGGCCACAAAUCGAAUGGUUCAGAAUCGGAAACAACUGAAGAAAUCAAAAUUAAGCUGAGUUCAGAUACUGGUAACAAGUCUACCAUUAGUAAAUUCAAAGACCCAAAACUAUCAUCAGCAUCGGAAAAAAACACAUUAGAUAAUUCAAACGAGGGGUGCUUGCAAUUGAAAAGUGUAAUUGGAAAGGAUACAAAAUCGCUGUCCCCGAGACUGACGUUACACAAGAGUGGUUUUCAACAAGCCAUCAUAAUUUCGGACGACAGUGAGAUCACGAAGUCUUCUCGAUUAGAUUCCCAAAAGACACGGCAUCUCUCCAGUAAUUCAGACAAUCAAUUUUAUCGACAGCUUACCCAUAAAAUUAGCAAAUCGGAGCAAACUUCCCCCAACAACUUGGAGCUAGACAAAGCUAACUUUCUUUAUGAUACAAACAAUAGGAGUACGGGCUGUUUGGUGUAUCCUUCGGAUCCAUGGAUAAAGAAUUCGCACAUUAAGAACAGCUUGUCCCCCAAAAUGGAAAAGUAUUCAAACAACAUGCAUCACAAUAUUGAUCCGUGGGUCAAGAGACAAACAGACGCUGCUGUGGAAGUCUCACGGCUUCCCAAGAAAAAUAUCUACCGCGAGAAAUCCCUUUCUUCCAUAAACAACAAAUUAAUUUCGACCAGAACUGAGAAAUCAAAGUGUGCAAAGCCGCAGUUGAAGCAUUCUAAAACGGAGCAGGACGACGAUCAAGUAUUUUUAAAUGAACCAGGAUUGCUUUUUGCUCCAUUCUCUCCACAAUAUCGCAAUACGCCGCAUAAAAUUUGGUCACUCGACCAGCCUUCUAAUGAUCUGAGAGCCAACAUUCAAAGCAAGUCAGCUAGUUUUUUACCGGACAAGGUAAAGGAGAUAACCAGUCCAUUGCCGAACCAUGUUAGAAAAUCUGUACAACAAAACCAUAGUAAUUUGCUUUGUCCAAACGAUCAAGCAAGAUCAUUGCUUCAAGUAGAGAAAUUGCAUUCUAGACAUAGCUCCCUAUCGAUUCCCACUCAAUCCAAGGAGGAACUCCCCCUGAAUAUCCGCCGACUGUCCGAGCAGAUCCGUGAACCGCCUUUGGAGAAGAACAUCUCUCUGUCCCUCAGCGAUCGUAACGUUAGUAAAAUUCCCACAUCUGAUGGUGUGGCUGAGGCUCACCUGGUUGCUCCUCACAAGACGGAUAAAUUUUAUGUGAGUAGGGAUGCCGCAGUGCAGAGUACCAGCCACCUUGAAGACUUUAUAUCCCUUAAACGAGUCCCCAAAGAUUCCACAACUGUUAAUAAUGUAAACCCCUUUACGAGUACUUAUAAGCCUGAUCCACUUUUAGAAACCACCUGUUAAACCCAUUUGCUAGGAAGCCGAUAUUAAAGUGUCUCUGCAUAGCUCAUUCAUAGGUCAUGAAAAUAUACAAAAUAUAAAACCACAAGAAAGCAUACAUAUAUGUCUUAUAUAUCAAUCGAAUCUAAAUAUGAUUAAUAAACAAGUAAUAAAUAAUAUUUUUAGUAGUACCUUAAGUUUGAAAUUUUUACAGUGAUUUUGCAUUUAUAUUAAGUAACACUAUAAUGCCCUGCCAACAAUAUGGGGCUGAGUUCUAGGCUUAACUACAUUCGCAAGCAUAUAUAUGUGUGUAAUAGUGUAUUUUUUCCUCAUUUUAUUGUCAUUUUACAUAUUUGUUGUAAUACAUUUUAUAGUAAUAAAAUCUUUAUAAAGAGCUAA